AUGGCCUACCCACAAAGAACAAUACGUCGAACAAGACGAUCAACGUCUUCUUCGCUCAUGUCAAAAAUCACUUUAUUCGCUUUCGUCCUCAUCGCCGUCAUCUGUUUCUUACCUGUUGGUAAUCAAGUGAGAGCAGAGGAGAAAGAAGUGGAUGUUGGUACAGUCAUCGGUAUUGAUUUAGGUACAACUUAUUCAUGUGUUGCCGUUCAAAAAGGUGGAAAAGUUGAAAUUAUCGCAAAUGAUCAAGGAAAUCGAAUUACACCUUCUUGGGUAGCAUUCACUGAUGAAGAAAGAUUAAUCGGUGAUGCAGCUAAGAAUCAGGCAUCCAACAACCCAGAAAACACUGUAUUCGACGCAAAGAGAUUGAUCGGUAGAUCAGCAACUGAUUCAGAUGUAAAGAAAGACCAAAAACAUUGGCCCUUCAAGAUUGUCAACAAAGGUGGCAAACCCAUGAUCCAAGUCAACCACAAAGGUGACCUCAAGGAAUUUACCCCCGAAGAAGUUUCUGCCAUGGUUUUGAUCAAGAUGAAGGAGACUGCCGAGGCUUACCUUGGUCACAAAGUCACUCACGCUGUUGUUACUGUCCCUGCCUACUUCAACGACGCUCAACGAUCCGCAACCAAAGAUGCUGGUACCAUUGCCGGUCUUACCGUUCUCCGAAUUGUCAACGAGCCUACCGCUGCUGCCAUCGCCUACGGUCUUGACCGAACUGGAAAGGCCGAAUCCCAAAUCAUUGUUUACGAUCUUGGAGGUGGUACUUUCGAUGUCUCCCUUCUUUCCAUUGAGGAUGGUGUAUUCGAAGUAUUGGCUACUGCAGGUGACACUCAUCUUGGUGGUGAAGAUUUCGAUAACCGAGUUAUUGAUUACCUCGUCAAGCAAUACAAGCGAAAGACCGAUGUUGAUGUCUCCAAAAACAACAGAGCUAUGGGUAAACUUAAGAGAGAGGUUGAAAAGGCCAAGAGAUCACUAUCUUCCCAAAUGAGCACCAAGAUUGAAAUCGAAGCCUUCGAAGGUGGUAACGACUUCGCAGAGACCCUCACUCGAGCCAAAUUCGAAGAGCUCAACAUUGAUCUUUUCCGAAAGACCAUGAAGCCCGUUGAACAAGUCCUCAAGGAUGCCGGUGUCAAGAAGGAUGAGAUUGAUGAUAUCGUCCUUGUUGGUGGUUCCACUCGAAUUCCUAAAGUCCAACAACUUCUCAAAGAGUACUUCAACGGCAAAGAACCUUCAAAGGGUAUCAACCCUGAUGAGGCCGUCGCUUACGGUGCUGCUGUUCAAGGUGGUAUCCUUUCCGGUGAGGAAGGUAGCAGCGGAGUCCUUUUGAUCGAUGUCUGUCCUUUGACCCUUGGUAUCGAGACCACCGGUGGUGUCAUGACCAAACUUAUUGGCCGAAACUCCGUAGUCCCCACCAAGAAAUCUCAGAUAUUCUCUACUGCCGUCGACAACCAACCUACCGUUCGAAUUCAAGUCUUCGAAGGUGAACGAUCUAUGACCAAGGAUAACAAUAUGCUUGGAGAAUUUGAUCUUAACGAUAUCCCACCUGCCCCUCGAGGUGUUCCUCAAAUCGAAGUCACCUUUGAGAUUGAUGCCAACGGUAUCCUCAAGGUUGCCGCUUUAGACAAAGGUACUGGUAAAUCCAAGUCUAUCACUAUCACCAACGAUCAAAGACGACUCUCGCCCGAGGACAUUGAGCGAAUGGUACAAGAGGCCGAGGAGUUCGCCGAUGAAGAUGCCGCUGUGAAGAAGCGAAUCGAAUCUCAAAAUGCCCUUCAAAACUUCGUUUACUCUAUGAAAUCACAAGUCGCUGACUCCGAGGGUCUCGGUGGUAAACUCUCAGAAGACGACAAGGAGACCAUUCUUUCCGCCCUCAAGGAGAAGACUGAAUGGCUCGAGGAGAACCCUACAGCUGAAGCUGAAGACUACGAGGAGCAGUUAUCUGAACUCCAAGCAGCUGUUGCGCCCAUCACCGCCAAACUUUACGGUGGUGCCGGAGGUUCAGGAUACGAUGACGAGCAACAACCUUUCAGCCACGAUGAGCUUUAG